CACCGAGACAGUCGUCGGUGAAACAUCGUGAAAAUCUGACUUACCACUGAGGUGCCUCCGUAAAGCAGAAAUAAUUAAUUCCAUUUACCUAAAGCCGAUUAUUUGAGAGGGAGUUUUCAUUUUCUUCCAUUUAAUCUUGAGGGAGUUCAGUAGGUUGAUGACUCAGUGAAGUGGAGAAAAAAGUGUGCAAGCAGAGACAAUUCCACCGAGUGAAUGAUUCUGUCGAAUCGACAUCUGAAUGAUGAACUCAGUGCCCUAGCAUCAUCGAUAUCAAGUAUUUCCGUUUGAUGGUCACCAUUCAGCUUGAAGCUGAUGCGAUAUGUGGAGAUAAUUUGAGUGUUCUACGAUUGUGAUAACGAGAACAAACAUUAGGAGUGCGACUGGCGGGCGAGGGACUAUCGUGUUUUAAGUUAGAUCAGUGUACAAAUGACGGAGAUAAGCAUGGUAUCAUACUACAAUCAUCUGUCGGUGUACAGGCAGCAGCAGCAGAAUGCCAACUCUCAGCAGUUGGCUCAGCCGAGUCAGCAGCAUGUCCAGGUGCAUCAGCAUGCCCAUCAGCAACCAGGUGGUCAGCAGUACUGGCAUCCUGGUUAUGGGCAUCAUCAGGCAUCAUCGGCGCAACAGUAUCUCGAUCAUCCUGAUGUAUUUGGAUGGCACGCGCAUGCACAUCCUUAUUCACAUCUUCAGCAGUAUCACCAGCAGAUGUACCAGUCACAGCAGAAUGAACCGACGCCUGCACACCAGACACAGAUCAAUGGUGUUGGCGAUUGGAGUGGCGAUGAAGGAAAUAAUAAUGGCGUUGGCACUGGUGAACCCAGUCCACCCAUCACCGUCAGUGGAAGUGAAAUCAGCAGUCCUGGUACACCUUCUUCACCAACUGGUAAUAAUAACAAUUCAAAUGCACCGAAUAAUAACAGUGCAUCGAGUACACCCAUGAGGCCCACCCAGCUCAGGAGUCCUUAUGAGUGGAUUAAGAGGCCGUCUUAUCAGCAUCAACAAAAUCCAGCAUGCAGCGUGUCUGGGGGUUCAGCAGGACCUGUAUCGGUGUACCGUCCAGAGCUCUGCACCCUGGAUGGCAAAACGCGAACGAAAGACAAAUAUCGAGUGGUGUACAGCGACAAUCAGAGGUUCGAGCUGGAGACUGAGUUCUGCAGCAGCAAAUACAUCACCAUCAGGCGAAAAGCUGAGCUCGCGGCAAAACUCCAAUUAUCUGAAAGACAGGUGAAGAUAUGGUUCCAAAAUCGUCGAGCAAAAGAGCGCAAACAGGGGAAAAAACGAAUGGAGAUGGAGCAGAAAGACAUAAAGUGUGAGAACCUGACGAGCGGUGGAAUGGCGAGUCUGGCGGCACUCGGUCAAAUGACCGGUAUGCUAGGUGGACUGAUGCACAGCAGUGGAUCACCACCUCUCGGUCUUGGUCCACCAAUCGGCCUAGGUCAUCCAACACCUCUCCAUGCACACCAGCAUCCACAUCCCCACACUGUCAUGGGAUUGUGACCUGAAGGCACUGGUAAUGCCGAAUCGUGGUCGAGUCGUUAACCGAAACUGAUAAUUCCCUCUAAACCAUCAAUCCCCCUCAAAUAUCCUUUAUCAUUUCACCGGAGAAUUUAUUCAUAUAUUCGAUGAAUACGAUAGGUCGAACCCAAUGGCUUUUCACCUAUUCCAAUGUUAUUUUAUCACUGACAGUUACGAUAUCCCCGGAUUCACCCGGAUUUAUCGAUCGAUAUCAUUCGAAUCAAUAAUUAUCAUCGAUAAUUAGACUCCCCGAAUUAUGUUAUCAAUGAGAGAACUGAAUUUUAUCGAUCAAUGCACUGAGAAAAUUCUCGUCGGUAUCAUUUUCGAUGCGAGCGAAAUUUUUUUUGAUGCAGUUUUAAUCGUAAAAUGAAAUUUCAUUGUUAUUGAUUGAGACGGUAUCGAUUGAGAAAUUUUCGGGGCUGUGGAGGAUAUUAUGUACAGAUUUAUUUCUAAAAUCCUUCAACGUGACUUGGAGAUUGUCCUUUUGUACAUAAAUCUUUCAAUAACUCGCUCGACGAAAUUGUACAUAGACUCAAUCGCUUUGUAAUUGAAAAUAUCACAGUAAUUACGUGAAACUUUAAACGAUAAGCUUGCUAGGGGUUCGUUGUUUUGUUUGUUAAUUCUAAUUAUAUUUCAUUUAUCAUUCUAUUUCAAUUUUUUUAUAGUAAACAUGAGUCCCUCCAUUACUUUUGCUUUGGAUGCGCGAAAAGAAAAUUUAUUAUAACCGUUAGUUAUAUUGAGCUCAGUUAUUACCGUUGAAAUUAUUUUAUUGGAUCAGGAAUUUCUAUCGUUUUUUUAACACAAAAUGUAUUUUAAAUAAAUCAAUUUUACACCUACCACAUGCCCAACGGAUUAUUUUUGCGCGGGCGCAAUGGAUCGGACGAAUAAAAUAUCGAAAAAUCACGCGUUUGAUUACGUAUUCUUUAUUUUUCUCAUUUCACAUCGAAUAUGGAAAAAUCGACAAAUUAAGAGACAACAGCAUUCCUAAAAUCAGCGAUUUUGGAGUGAUAUUUUUCGCAUUUUUAUUCGUUAUUUUUAGGUAGAGGAUAGACUCUAGGUGAAGAGUCACCCGGCGCAAAAUAUCAAAAGAAAACAAACGAAAACUCCACAAAAUUGAUUUUUUUUCUAAUUGCAAAAAGUGAUGAAACUGCCCUGAAAGUUAAAUCAGGAUGAAAAUCCAUAAUCCAUGAAAAUAAUUUCACACCUGAGUAUCUUUGGUCCUAUUACAUAGGCGUUAAAAAAUGUUAUUCACGGUUGUGUUAAUCAUAAGAGAUUUUUUUUAGCACUAAUUAAUACGCUGUCGCGUAGUGGACUGAGCGCAAGACAUCCGACGGGAGAGAAUCGUUAAUUAAAAUCGCUCAUUAAACCACCAGACAAGUGGUGAGAUGAAAUUCUUUCUGGGAAAUAUCUCAGAGUUCAACGCGACCUCAAGAUUUUCAUAAAAACUUUUUUUGUAGUUCUCGCUUUUCUCUACAAGAAAUGUUGCUAUGAUUAUUUUUCCUUCCGGAAAAAAAGAGUGACUUGGUAUUGGGAAAGUUUUUUUUAAAGAAUCUCCGUAUCUUGAAUCCAAAAACUUGUUCUUAAUUGCAGAAAAUUUAUUCUUGAUUCAAGAAAACAAUUUUCUUCAAUUUAAAAAAUUCUUUCCUGAUAUUAAGAAAUUUAUUUCUGAGAUAUAAUCAUUGUGAACUGACGAAUGGAUUGAUCGGUUCAGUUAAUUAACUAAUCAUUGAUUGAUUAGUUAAUUAUCUGGAGAUCACUUGAGACUUCUUGGCUGACUUUCGCUCGGUUCUACUCGAUUUCCACUGUAAUAUAUUAAUAAAUAAUAUACGUAAUGCACAUAUGCCUUAACAAUUUGAUGAGAAUAGUCUGGGAUGCGAUUGUAUACGUAUUAAUGUCUCAUGAUAAAGAAAACUUAUGCGUACAAUAAACAGUGUAACAUAGACGUUGUUAAGUGUUUAGUGAAUAAGAGUGAGCAUGAAGAAAUUAAUGUCAUAAUGCCGAGUCCUGUGCCUUGAGUUCAAUUAGAAAUUAAAACAAACGAUUAACAGAAAAUUUAAAUUUAAUUAGUUGAUAGUUGAAUACCGCGAUAUUAAUAAUCGUUUUGUAUAAUUGAGAAUCUUUGAAGGCAAAUUAUUUCCUGUAAAUUCAAUCAAACAUUUGUAAAUAAAUCAACUAAACGUCAGGUGCUUCUGUCGUAAGUUAUUAAAAAAUACAGGCAUUUACUGGUAAUUAAGUACUGUAGUAUUAUUUUUCGAGACAAUUAAGUGUACAUUGAAUUUUUGUCAUUGAAAUUUUAAGUU